CCGGCCACCCCUAGCACACCGCCUUAGAAUCACUGUACUACUCAUUGCUCAUUCACUGCCUUUGAUAGAAAGAGUGGUUGCAUGUAGAAACGGGGUGGCCGGCGCGGGCGGGAGUUACGUUACCGCUAUUCUGCAGGGCUAUAUAUUUCAGCCUAGCUCUGUUACGAGGAAACUGGCAUUCACUCUCUUUCCAUUGUCCCUUCAACGACCGAAUUUUGAGCGGCUAAAUGACCAUGGCUAUCGACCUUGAAAAUGACAUUGUCCUUCUCACUUGCGCAAGUGGUAAGCAAUGUUCCCAUCUGAUCCCGCUCCUCUACCGUAGGUGGAGGAAGCUCCGCCUCGCUGUUCACAGCGUUCAAUCCGAGAGGGAUCUGAACUCGCGCUAUCCGGAGGCCGAGGUGGUGCAGGGCGAUAUAGCCAAGCCAGAAUACAGAGACCAGAUUUUGGCCGGUGCUACAGUCGUCGUAUAUAUUGCCCCAGCAUUUCAUCCGCAGGAAGCAGAAAUUGGCUAUGCCAUGAUUGAAGCUGCGCGUCAUGAGGCUCGGAACGGGGCUUUUAAGCACUUCAUUUACUCCUCUGUGCUGCACCCGCAGCUUCGGAAGUUGAUGAACCAUGACUGCAAGCGCUACGUUGAGGAAUACCUGAUCGAAUCAGGACUCAACUAUACGAUUCUUCAGCCCAGCCAUUUUCUCGACAUGUUCCCGGUUGAAACGUUGCUGCAUCAAGCGGAGCCUGUCUUCCGCGCAAAUUUUAAUCCAGACACGGCCUUCUCGUUCACCAUUUUGCAGGACCUAGCAGAGGCUUUUGCCAAGGUGAUUGAGGAAAGGGACAGACAUUAUCUCGCCGAGUACAUGAUCUGUUCAACCAGGCCCACCUCAUAUCGAGAUAUCGUCGCCACGCUCGGUCAUGUAACAGGUACACGCAUCAGUAUUGUGACGCAGGAGUUCUACGAGACCGCUGAGCGGCUGCAGUCCUUGGUGUCUAAGGAUGCUGGUGGCUGCCAUCAUACCACACGGGACGGUAUCCAUCGACUGCAGCUUUACUAUGACAUUUAUGGUAUCAAAGGCAAUCCUAAUGUGCUGGAAUGGUUGAUUGGUCGAAAGCCGAUGACGGUGGAGGAGCAUUUCCGGAAGCGGGUCUCCAUCAAAGAGGCUGAUUAGAUGAGGGACGCUAUGUACAGUAAGCCUAUCAAUCGGAGAUGACCAUCCAGAAGCCCAAGGGGAGCGAGGCUCCAUACAAUUGGUGUGUGUGAGGGCUCUUGCCUGGCGAGGCAAUGUGUCAGUUGGAGUAACCCUGCACCGACAUUAGACAAUCAAAUGAGCUUUGAAUCAACUUUACGGCAGUGGAACUGUUGCAGAGCCUUUGAUAGGCACUCUCUCAAGAAUAUGC